AUGUGGCCACAAUUAAAAAUUGUACAUGGCAAACCGCACCAUUCCCAGAGUCAAGGGAGUGUAGAAAGAGCCAAUCGGGACGUGGAGGAAAUGAUAAGAGCUUGGAUGAUAGAUAACGAUUCCACUCAAUGGAACGAAGAAGAAGAUGUAGAAGAAGUAACUGGUUCAGUGAUAAAUGAAACUUUAGUGCAAACAGAAGAAUCAGAUCAGAUUGAGGAGGAAGAUGUUCAAACUACUGAAGAAAUAUUAUUUUAUGAAGAAUCGGAUAAAUCAGAUCUGAUUGAGCAGCUAGAAACCCAAACUACUGAGGAAAUAUUACUAAAUGAAGGAACGGACAAAAUAGACCAAAUUGAAGAGAGCGAAGUCCAAACUACCGAAGAAACAUCAAUACUAGGUAAAUGA